AUGAAGCCGUCGUGGUUGCAGUGUCGCAAAGUCACCGGCGCCGGGGGACUCGGGGCACCCCUGCCCGGGUCCACUCCGGUCCGGGGUGCCGCUGGCGCGGCCCGCAGGGCGUACGUGGCCCCGGGCGCCUGGAGCGCACUCGGGGCCCGGGGCUGUCGCGCGCUGUCGUCGGGCGGGGGUGGAGAGUACAAGACCCACUUUGCGGCGUCGGUGGCCGACCCGGAGAGGUUCUGGGGCAAGGCUGCGGAGCAGAUUAGCUGGUACAAGCCCUGGACCAAGACGCUGGAGAACAGAUAUCCGCCUUCCACCAGCUGGUUUGUGGAAGGAAUGCUUAACAUUUGCUACAAUGCCAUUGACCGUCACAUUGAAAAUGGUGAAGGGGACAAGAUUGCGAUCAUCUAUGACAGUCCUGUUACAAACACGAAAGCAGCUAUUACCUAUAAGGAAGUCCUGGAGCAGGUCUCUAAACUGGCUGGUGUGUUAGCCAAGCAUGGCAUCAAAAAAGGUGACACUGUGGUGAUCUACAUGCCCAUGAUCCCGCAAGCCAUGUAUGCCAUGCUGGCCUGUGCCAGGCUAGGAGCCAUUCACAGUCUCAUUUUUGGAGGAUUUGCUUCCAAAGAACUAAGUAGUCGUAUCGAUCAUGCAAAGCCCAAAAUAGUGAUUACAGCAUCAUUUGGUAUUGAACCUGGAAGGCGGGUAGAAUAUAUACCACUUAUAGAGGAAGCUCUACGAAUAGGACAUCACAAACCGGACAAAGUUCUCAUUUAUAACCGUCCAAAUAUGGAGACGGUUCCUUUGGUACCAGGUCGAGAUCUUGAUUGGGAUGAAGAGAUGGCAAAAGCCCAACCACAUGAUUGUGUUCCUGUUCAUUCAGAACAUCCACUCUAUAUUCUUUAUACGUCUGGAACCACAGGAUUGCCUAAGGGUGUAGUUAGGCCUACAGGGGGAUAUGCUGUAAUGCUAAACUGGUCAAUGUCUUCGAUAUACGGACUGAAACCUGGAGAGGUGUGGUGGGCAGCCUCUGACUUAGGCUGGGUUGUUGGACAUUCCUAUAUCUGUUAUGGACCUCUUCUACAUGGGAACACAACAGUUUUAUAUGAGGGAAAGCCUGUGGGAACACCAGAUGCUGGUGCUUAUUUCCGCGUGCUUGCGGAACAUGGAGUGGCUGCCCUGUUUACAGCACCAACCGCCAUUAGAGCCAUCCGUCAGCAGGACCCUGGGGCAGCCUUGGGGAAGCAGUACUCACUGACAAGGUUCAAAACACUCUUUGUAGCUGGAGAACGAUGUGAUGUGGAGACUCUGGAGUGGUCCAAAAAGGUCUUCCGGGUGCCUGUCCUAGAUCACUGGUGGCAAACCGAGACCGGAUCCCCAAUUACAGCCUCGUGCAUUGGAUUAGGUAAUUCAAAAACACCUCCCCCAGGACAAGCAGGAAAAUGUGUCCCAGGAUACAAUGUUAUGAUUUUGGAUGACAACAUGCAAAAACUGAAGGCUCGGAGUUUGGGAAAUAUUGUCGUGAAGUUACCAUUACCACCUGGAGCCUUUUCUGGACUUUGGAAAAAUCAAGAAGCAUUCAAGCAUUUAUACUUUGAAAAAUUUCCUGGAUACUAUGACACCAUGGAUGCUGGCUACAUGGAUGAAGAAGGCUAUGUGUAUGUCAUGUCUCGAGUUGAUGAUGUCAUCAAUGUUGCAGGUCACAGGAUUUCUGCAGGUUCCCUCGAAGAGUCAAUCCUCUCUCACGGUGCUGUUGCAGACUGUGCUGUUGUCGGCAAGGAAGAUCCUCUGAAAGGUCAUGUCCCCUUAGCACUCUGUGUGUUGAGAAAUGAAACAAAUGCAACAGAGGAACAGGUGUUGGAAGAAAUUGUGAAACAUGUUAGACAGACCAUUGGUCCUGUGGCUGCUUUUCGAAAUGCAGUGUUUGUCAAACAGUUACCCAAAACCAGAUCUGGCAAAAUUCCUCGGAACAUUCUGUCUGCCCUUGUCAAUGGCAAGCCAUAUAAGGUAUCGCCUACAAUCGAAGACCCCAAUAUUUUUGGGCAGAUAGAAGAAGUGCUGAAACAGGCAUUGUGACAUUUUCUUUUUUUCUAUUCUGAAUUUCAUUUUCUCACUGGAAUUAAGUUAUUUGAGCUAUUUCUCAGAAAUACAUAUGUAAAUGGAAAUUACUUGCAAGCUGAAAUGUGAAUUGUAGAGCUUGAUGUAAAACAAGCCUAAUGAAGACUAAUGAAAGAAUGAGCCCUUUGCUUUGACCAAUUCAGAAUGAUUGCCAGGAAGUUGCAGCAUAGUUUGUUAUAUACUGUUUACUGUUUUAAGAAAAUUGGAUGUGUGUGUAUGAUUCUUAAAAAUGAUACCCCCUAUAAACUUUAUCUGCAGGUGACACUUAAAGCCAUUUCCUGAAAUGUAGAAUGUGUAGCUUCGACUCCAAAAAUAGAAAAAUCCUAUGAUUGCCAGAGAAUAAUGAAAAUAUUUCAUCUGGAAAUUGUUUUCUAAAGCUACAUAAUACUCUUGGAUGCCAAAACUGUUUUUAAGGAAAAAAGACCAAAUGAGAGUAUAUAAAUAAUUUUUAGACAUCUGAAAUUGUUUUCUUGGGAGGGAGGACUUGCCUGGCCAAGGUAGCGGAGGGAAGGCAGGACGCCAGCGUUACAGCACCUCCUUCAGGUAGAUAGUGGUUUAGGCUAGGGAAACCAACGCAUCCCACAGAGAACCUGACAGAUGGGGCUCCUGGGAGACCUUCCCCACGCCCUGGAUCUGUAGUUGACUCUAUAGUUCCCAAGGAUGUACAAAAUGCAUUUAGAGCAGCAAGAAAACUGUCGAUGAAUAAAUGUUGUUCUAAACAUGCAGGUAGGCGAUAUUAAAAGGAGCUUUGGAACUGGACAUGGGUCACAUGGCCUGAGUAUUCAGCAGACAACAGAUUUGAUGAAUAUUGGAGUUUUAAUCCUCUGAGUAGCAGCCCUUACUCAGAUUCAGCAGAAUGUAGCUCAGGAGGGACAUAGUACCUGAGUAAGAGCCCUGUUGAAGGAAAACCCAACUUCUUUUUUUUCUUAAACAUCUCAAUUUUUCAAAGAAUUCCUUAAAAUUUUUGAUUCCCAGGUAAACUUUCCUGAAAUUGUUCAGCAUUUUAAAAAGUGUUUAGCGAGUUGAGAAUGUACCAACUAAUUUAGAUACAGGUGGUUACAUAUGUAGCUUGUUUGAUUCUAAAUGACAGCAGAGUUCAAAGAAUAAACACACAAAGUAUAUCCCUUGUAUUUUCUGUGGCUUUCAAGGCAUUUCUGAAUCUUAUCAGUAGUAGGCUGUUACACUUUUCUGGAACGUGAAAUAUACAAGAUAGGUGAGUUUGCCUUAAACAAUUUAUAAUCUGUAUAAAAAAAACUUUUGAAAAUGCUGGCUUUUUGGAACUGUUUGCUACAAAAUAAAUGAAUUUUAAAA